UAUUCAUUUAUUUGUUAGACCCUAUUUUAUUAAUUUAUUAUUAUAAUAGGCCAACAUGCUGUAAUAAGCUGCAAGGCUACAACUUAUAUUUUACCUUACUAGCUGUUGCAUCAUAGCAUCCCAACUUCCACAUGGACACCGGUUACCAUUUACUUCUACACCCUGGUAGUAACUUACCAGAUACUACAGGCUCGUGCUGCUCUUCUAUUGGCUCAUCAGCAUCGGAAGGCCUCGUGUCAGCGUCGGCUGAACAAAGGAUAGAAGGACGUAAAGAGGCAACCAGAGAGACGCACAAGUUGGGUAGGCAGGCAGCAUGCUGGUAGAGAGAGACCGGGGAGGAGACAGAAUAUCCGGAUGUUUUAAAUAAGUAAACAUUUGUCGUGUUAGAGGAGGUUGUUUUACUUUGUAUCCAGUCUCAGUGAGGGUCAUGUUAUAGCAUUUGAUGUGUUUUAAAGCGUCGUAGCGGUAGUGACAAGUAACCCGAAUGAGGAAACCACUCUGUUUCGCGUGUCCUCGCUUCCUGCCUCGCUCCUAGGUGUGAAUUCGGCUCAGCAGCGGCGGAAAAGGACAGAAAACAUCGCACAGACAUCAUGGUUGCCGGCGAGCUCGUGCAGGAGCAUCUGCGCGCGGACACUGGCGCACCUGACGACAUCACGGUCGCCAGGAAGACUCCCGAGCUGGACGGAGCAGCCGAGAGAUGCGCGGAUCCGGCAGAGGAAGCGGCGCUGACGGGCGGGGCAGGGGACACAGACUCUAAUCGGGCGCUGGAGCAGGAGCAGGAGCAGGAGAAGGAGGCGCAGCCGGAUGAGAGAGAGGCGAUGCUGCCCAACGGAGGAGGCGGAGGAGGAGAGGCGGGGGAGAAGGAAGGGAAGACGCUAGAGACGAGACUGUAUUGGCGCCGGUUCGCCGUACUGACAGUCUUCAGCUUGUACUCUCUGGUGAACGCCUUCCAGUGGAUCCAGUACAGCAUCAUCACCAACGUGUUCACCCAGUACUACGGGGUGACUAACGACAAGGUAGACUGGCUCUCCAUCGUCUACAUGGUCGCCUACGUGCCGCUCAUCUUCCCGGCCACAUGGCUGCUGGACCGGAAAGGCUUGCGGCUCACGGCCCUGUUGGGAGCCGGCCUCAACUGCGCCGGCGCCUGGCUCAAGUGCGCCAGCGUGAGCCCCGAGCUGUUCGGAGUCACCGUCAUCGCGCAGGUCAUCUGCUCCGUGGCGCAGGUGUUCAUCCUCGGCCUGCCGUCCCGCGUCGCCUCGGUGUGGUUCGGACCCCGGGAGGUUUCCACCGCGUGUGCCACGGCAGUGCUGGGGAACCAGUUGGGAACAGCCAUAGGUUUCCUGUUGCCUCCAGUUUUGGUUCCCACCACGCCUGACAACAUUGAGCUGACGGGUCACAACAUCAGCAUCAUGUUCUACGGCACCGCCACUGUCUCCACGGUCCUCUUCCUCCUAACGGUUAUAGUCAUAAAGGACCGGCCUCCUCUCCCUCCCAGUCACGCCCAGGCUGUCCUCCCAGACUCUCCUCCUGACGAUUACUCCUACAAACAGUCCAUCUUGAACCUAAUAAAGAAUAAAGCAUUUGUGCUCUUGCUCAUCAGCUACGGAAUAAUGACUGGUUGCUUCUACUCUGUCUCAACACUUCUCAACCAGAUGAUCAUGGCCUGCUACGAGAACCAGGAGUUGAAUGCUGGGAGAAUUGGUUUGACUCUGGUUGUUGCUGGAAUGGUCGGCUCCAUCCUCUGUGGUCUGUGGCUGGACUACACAAAGACAUACAAGAUGACGACUCUGAUCGUGUACAUCUUGUCGUUUCUGGGCAUGAUAGUCUUCACUUUCACUCUGAACCUCGACAACAUCCAACUGGUCUUCUUCACUGCUGGAGCUCUGGGAUUCUUCAUGACGGGUUACCUGCCUCUGGGCUUUGAGUUUGGAGUGGAGAUCACCUACCCAGAGUCUGAAGGAACAUCAUCAGGACUCCUGAAUGCUUUUGCUCAGAUAUUUGGGAUCAUUUUCACUCUGAUUCAGGGCAAACUGACCACAGACUUCACUCCACUGACUGGAAAUCUCUUCCUCUGCGCCUGGAUCUUCCUGGGAAUUCUGCUCACUGCCUUAAUUAAGUCAGAACUGAAACGACACAAUGUCAACAUUGGAGCUGACAGCAACCACCUGCAAGCACUUCCUACUGAGUGUCCUGGGGACUUUCCUUCAGAAAAGAAAAGCAACGGAUUCAAGCUCGAGCCCUCCCUCAGCUUCUCCCGUGAAACCUCACUGUGACCCUGCCAAGUCACUGCAUCGCAGGACAGCUAAAAAGGUCUCCCUGCUGCCCUGGGAUACUUGCUGGCACAGCUCUCUAUGUGAACCACCUAAAGGUGCACUUGAUUUUUUGUUGCCAAGCUCCUAGAUAAUUGGAAAGACGGAGGCUCUGGAUGUGAUGCCAAGUCUAGUCAAGCACAGCCACAAUCUACAGUGGAUUCAAGACAGGCGGGUGACCAACAAGUCACAGAGGGGCAGCAGGUCACCCCCAAAGCUGUUUGACCUUGUUAAAGCUCCCCUGCAGUAACAUCCAGGUCCAUCCACUUGCAUAGAAGAUUACCUCCAAUUUACAGAACUUGUGGAGAUGUUGUGGAUUGGUUAAAAAAAAAGUAUGCAAGCAAUGUCAUGCAGAAAAAGCUCCAGUGCACUUUAUUACUACUGCCCUCAUUGUGGGUGAAGCAUGACGCUCCCAGUUUGGUUACUGUAUGUAAAUCCAGUUUUACUGGAAAACAGGCUGGUAAAACACGCUUCCGAUUCCUAGAUCACCGUCAAAGGUUUGCUGUAGUUGAAACAAAAUACUCCUGUGAUCUUGAACAAUCACGACAGCAAGUGAAGUUUUCGGAGUCUCCAGGUGUCUGUGUGGCAGAACCAGAGAGCCAAUCUGUUUGGUUUUGUACUGCGGCCACAGCACUGGGCCAACGUCUCCUGAGUUUACUUGAAAUAUCCUUUCAUGCUCUGAACUGAAGUUGGAAAACUCACUGUAAAUGUUGUUCAUAUUGCUCCAUUUGAUUCCUUCACUACAUACGGCAGUAGUAGCUACAAAAGAGGAACACAUCUGAAAUCUGGUUUGAAGUUGCUUUGGUUGAGGAUAGUCGUCAUCAAUCCUGUUUAUUUUUCUGCAGUUUUGCAUGUAUAUAAGACAGGCCAAGAAGCAGCUGCAAAUAGUUUUGUGUGGUUUGUUUUAGUCUGCAUAAUAAUGGGCUGACUUACAGUCAUACCAUUAAUGACAAACAAAUGGUAUGACUUUAAGUCCCAGGAGGUCUAGGCAGUUACUGGAAUCUUCGCAGGUUUUUAUUAGCAGCUUUUCUUUGUGACACAGGUUUAUGUAUGAAUGUUGUCCUGCAUAGGUGGAGAUAAAUUAUUCCGUUGUGACUGAAUGCGCUUAUCUGGUACAAGAAAAAAAAAAAUAGUACACUAGGGAUGGCAAGUCAUUCCAUUCAUGACAAAUGACUGAUGCAAAAGAGAAAAAAGUUCAGAGGACUUGUGCUUUGCUUUCAGAUUCCAGGGGUGCAUCCCUCAGUGUUUUCUCUUGUUUCCUUCCCUUAAGUCACCACCACAAAGGGACAAAGGGAGCAGACGGACGGGGAAGACAAGUACAGGCAAUUUAGAAGUGUCCAUUUGCUUUGAAGGUGAAAACUGACACUAAGAAUAAAAACACUGUGCUUUUAAAGAAGAUUAUGACAUCAGAGAAAUCACUGAGAAAUCUGCUGUAGUAAAACAGAUGUAUGUAUUCUAUACAGAAGCUUGUACAGUGGCUUGUACAAUGGCUUCCCUGACAACUCAACAGUGCUGCAGUGUUACCUACACAAACCACAGUGGACCAAACAGAAUGUGAAUAUGUUCUGUGCACAAAAAGAAACACAUGCACAACGUCAAGUUUUUAUACUCUAAAGCAUGAUUUCAGAUGUGUUUUUAAUGUUGACGUGUCCAUUGUUACUCUCUGUGCAUCACAGCUGACAGACAGAUGGACAGCGCCAUCUUGUGGGGCUCUUACAGUAGUGACAAAGUAAACAGUGGACAGGAGAAGCACAAAAUAGUUCAAUUCUUUUUUUUAAAGGUAGGGUCUGGAGGAUUUUCCAGUUGCUGUUUGUAAACACACAUUCAAAUUUGGCCC